AUGGUCACAGAGGCCCGAUGGUGUCUGCAGAGGCCGAUGGUGUCUGCAGAGGCCGAUGGUGUCUGCAGAGGCCGAUGGUGUCUGCAGAGGCCGAUGGUGUCUGCAGUCCAUGGUCACAGAGGCCGAUGGUGUCUGCAGUCCAUGGUCACAGAGGCCGAUGGUGUCUGCAGUCCAUGGUCACAGAGGCCGAUGGUGUCUGCAGAGGCCGAUGGUGACUGCAGAGGCCGAUGGUGUCUGCAGUCCAUGGUCACAGAAGGUGAUGGUGUCUGCAGUCCAUGGUCACAGAAGGUGAUGGUGUCUGCAGUCCAUGGUCACAGAGGGUGA